CACGUGACGUUAGUAUCGUGACGUGAGGUUAGUAUAACUUAGAGAGGCAACGAUAGUGCCCUCUACCGGGACUUAGAUAUGCGGAUACCUCAAAUGAUUUUGGAGUUAGAUCUUCCUGUAACGACAGAAGGCGGGGAAAGCGGACGAUUUUUCAAAGACUCGGAAAACGUGGCGUGAAUGGUGCGAUAUCUGUUUUUCUGUGAACCGACAGAGAGAAUGCAAGUUAUCGGGCUCGACGGUCGUGUCGUCGGCUAUCUCUUUUGUUUUCUGAUACUCCAAGCGAAACUGACGAACUCUAGAACCUCUUGGAGACUCAAUGCUGACAGAGUCGUCAAGACGACAGAUUUUGUGACCACGAUCGAGGAUGAUCCAAUUUUCGACAUCCUCGCGAGCAGUAUCGGUGUCGGUAAUGGACAAACUUGGAGUAGAACAGCUGUCACCGAGAAGCAUGAUAAAGUACAGCCUUACUGUCAAGAUUGCAAGAACGUUGCCCCUGGAAACCACGAACGACGAUUCUCGUCAUACGUGUUGAAGGACACGCCGAACGCCACCGAAUCCUUUCCUCCACCGUCUCCGUCGUCGUCGUCGUCGUCUUCGUCGUCAUCAUCAUCAUCGUCGUCGUCGUCGUCGUCGUCGUCGUCGUCGUCCACGUCCACGUCCAACGAGCAACCAACGUGCACUUCCGGUCAACAAUGCGAAGAUAUAAUCUUAGACUGUGGGAAGCCUGUUAAUUUCACGUAUUACGACAACUUGCUCGGCGUUGCGAACAGGGAUAAACAUCCCCUGGUCCCGGAGCCUGACGUAGCGCUCAUGUUCAAGAAGAACGGUGGCAAAACUAUGGACGUUGACAUUGAUUUACUAGAGAAACGUUUGAUAAAAGCGAAACGAGAGAAACCAAAGUCUGUACAACUUUACAAUCAAAUAGGAAAUUUUUGGCGUAUAAAAGGCGAUGCGCAAAGAUCGAUCGAGUGUUUUCGGCGAGCGCUCGCCGUGUCGCCGCACAACGCGGAAGUCUUAUUGAAUUUGGCCAGAGUGUUGUUGGUACAGCAAUAUUUGGACGACGCAACGUAUUUAGCGAGACGUUCUUUAGAGCUGCAACCACCGGAUCGCAACGCGUGGGAACAAUACUUGACGCUCGGUCAAAUAUUCAAGGCGUAUGGCCAUUAUCAAGAGGCAGCGGUGCAUCUACGACACGCUCUAGAAUUAAAGCCAGAUCUUUCGGAGGCAGCAGAAGCAUUGAGAGAGGUGGAGUCGCUUCCCGCAGCGAGCAUACAUAUCUACACGUUACUGAUAAUCAUAUGUUUGGUGCUCGGAGUACUUUUGGUAGUCCUGAGCAGCGUCGAAUGCGACGAAGACUCUGGCCUGGUCAAUGGACAACUACAACGUCCGGUUCAACGUCACUUCAGUCGUGCCAUGGCGAUGCGCAGUUUACGGCUUAACGUAGCUCGCAACAAACGUUGUUGAUUAUUCAACGCCGACGACGACGACGACGACGACGACGACGACGACGACGACGACGACGACGA